AUGAGGAAAUCACUGAAAAUUGCAAUAGAUUCUUCUCCGAACAACGAUAAAGAAAAAGAUCGGUUAAGCAAUCUUCCAGAGGAUAUAGUGUGUCAGAUUUUGUCACAUGUUGAUACAUCAAUUGCAUGUAGAACAAGCGCCCUGUCAAAAGAUUGGAAUCGCAGAUCAGUUUGGACCAUGCUUCCAGAUCUUUCCUUCCAUUACUGGUCUCCAUUAUAUUCACCAUAUUACUACAGAGGAUUUAACGAAUUCGUGAACAAAGCUUUAGAUUCACGCAAAGGAAAACACAUCAGAAGAUUCCACUUACAUUUUUCUAGCGAAGGCAGGAGUUUUCGGCCAUCGGACUUCCAGAAGUGGAUCUCCGGCGCCAUUGAAUGCGCCGCCGAAGAGAUCAAUAUUGAGUUGAAUAGAGAUUCAUGUUUCCACCAGAUCGAGUUAUCUUUGACGGAUUUCAGUUCGGCCACUCUCACGACCUUGAAAUUAUAUGUUCAUAUUAGUAUCUUCGCUACGAAUUCCCCUGUGUGGCUACCGAAGCUCAAGAUUUUAGAUCUGUCAACGCAUCCAUGCCAGGGGUGCGGUAUGGAGGCUGAAAGACUUGUGAACAGUUUCUUGUCUAAUUGUCCUGUUCUUCAAGAAUUUUAUCUCAAUGGAGAGUGGAAUAUGAUGAGCAUUGUUCGAGCGCCUUAUACAUUGAAGAAGCUCAGUCACGCCUCUCAAUUCUCUUUGAAUUCAUCAGUGAUAGAAGCUGCUUAUUUGAUCUUUUUCAAGGACUCUCUAAUGUCAAAUAUGAACUCCAUAGACUUCCCGUCAUUAAUAAAAAUGUAA